UAUUCACGGGAUGCUCAUAUGCAUUGCGCUCAAGCAGGCAUUGCCCCUAGAUUACGAGGAUUUGAACAGCUUCCUGGAGGCUGGUACAUGGCAGUGAUGGAUAAACUUGUUGCAUACAACAUAUUGGCCGACUUGCCCAUUGGCAAAUGCAUCCCCCAAUGUGUGUUCGAUGCUAUCAGGGAACAGCUGAAGAUGCUUCAUGCUCACCAGCUGGUCCAUGGUGAUAUACGCGAUACUAACAUCUUGCUCAAGAUGGAUGACAGGACAAAGUUCAUGAUAAUCAACUUCAACUGGGUGGGGGUAGAAGAGGUCGUGCGAUAUCCGGCAUUUGUGAAUUACAGGGAUAUACAAAGACCAAAUGAUGUGAAAGACGGACAACCCAUCCAAUGCAGCUCAUGA